CUUCUCCCGAAGGAUGCGAAGAAGAUCUGUAAACUCGUUCGAGUGACUGAGAUGUGGACUGCUUUUGAGCGGGACAAAACACGACGAGACUUUGCAAAUAGCAUUCGCAUUCGUGCUAAAUUGUAUGGAGCGAAGUAUGCCAAAGGAGUGAACAUGGAUAAGUAUUUGGAGGAUCUUGAGGACUAUCGCCGGCAACUCGAGAACAUGAACGAUUCCAUCACAGAUGCUGAUAUGGCAAGUAUCAUUCUGACGGGGGUGGAAGGAACCCAUCGGAAUGUGAUGCGG